AUGCCGUCCAUGGUGCAUGCACCAUUGAUCAACCCUGGUUUCUUCAAAGACAAGACCGGAGAGCACCUAGCCUCUGCCUUCACUGCCGUGAAUGGAAGGAACUCCCCGCCUUCACCACCGCCCAGACUAAAUGCUUCGCACGGCAUGACCACAAACACCCAGCCGCGACCCGUAUCUCGGCAUAGCCCCGACCACCCACAGGAGCUGAAGCCCCGCAUGCCUGGUAGGGACAAUUGGAGCCCUCCGCGACCUACAGUUGCAGCUGUUCAGCAGAACGGCCACCAGAACGGCCACCAGAACGGACACCAAAACGGACAUCGGAACGGAAACAGUUCGAAAUCACCAAAUCUAUCCAAUCACGACAGUCCACCUCUGAGUCCCGGCAAGAGGAAGAGAUCGACCUCAACCGAGGGCGACCGCUCACAUCCUUCUCCAAACGGCGCUACAGGGCAGCGUCGCCGCUUAGACUCACAUGCUCCCAUGGGCAGGAGCGACUCACCUAAUACCAUCGCCCAAGUUCAACAGCUGGUAAUGGAUCAUCCACAGGCCCGCACUCUGCCUCCUUCUGACAGGAUCGAUACCGAAAGGUCUUGGGCCCCCUACGAUGGAUAUUCAGAGCCCCAUCCCCAACACCGCGAUCUACUACGCACUACGGAUUCAGACUCGCAUCAAAAUUCCGCUAGCCAGGCGCAAAUGAGUGCAGCAGAUGCCCAAAAUGGCCUUGAACGAAUCAGCACGACUGAGAUCACAAAAGCGGGCGUUCAAGUGGACCACAAGAAGCGGAAGAGGCAAUUCGCCAACCGAACCAAGACCGGCUGUGGGACAUGCCGGCGGCGCAAGAAGAAAUGUGACGAAACGAAGCCCGAAUGCAAUAACUGCCAACGCGGUGGCUUCAUCUGCGAAGGCUAUGCCAACAAGGUGCCGUGGCCCAAGAACGGUACACCGAGACCGGCUGCCCCCCUAGUAGCCAAGGAUCGGUUUCCCCCUGACCCGACACAGCAGCUCUAUCAUAGGUGA